AUGUCCAUCCUACAUUUAAGCUUUUACUCAGCCUUCACCCUAAGCAGCCUAGGACUAGCAUUCCACCGAACUCACCUAAUCUCCGCCCUACUAUGUCUAGAAAGCAUAAUACUAUCUAUAUACAUCGCCCUAUCAAUCUGGCCCGUCGAAAAUCAAGCAACAUCCCCCACACUAAUACCAAUAUUCAUACUCACAUUCUCAGCUUGCGAAGCAGGCACAGGCCUAGCGAUGCUAGUAGCUUCCACACGAACCCACGGCUCGGACCACCUACAUAACCUAAACCUCCUACAAUGUUAA